AGCGUUGGAUGUUACAGAUACCGCUUGCUUAUAACAGAUAAACUCAUGAAUCCUUCGGUGAUGCUUCCGCCGACCAUACUAUUGGAAUAGUGACAACCAUACCCACAAUACAAUGCUGACCUCCCCAUUGGAUGCAUUUCCAUUUAGAAUCAUGGAGAGCUCUCCACUUGACUCUGAUCUUCUACCGUUCGAUAUCAACAUGUCUUCCGGAAUUCCAUUAUCUACUGGUGCAGUGGAAACGGAGGAAGAAACCGAUCCCAGUACAGCUACGCGCUUGUGAGACGUGUAGCCAACGCGACAGCUAACAUGACCUCGUCCAGCAGGCGAGAUCAGUCAUAUCUACCCCGGAGCAGAC